UGUAGUGUUGGGAUGUAGUGAUGGUGAUUUAGUGUGGUUGCGGGGAGGUGUUGGUGGUGUAGGAGGUAUAUUAUAGUGGUGAUAUGGUGGUGGUUCGAUAUGGGUAGUGUGGUAGUGGUGAUGGUGGAGAUGGUGGAGGUGGAGCUGUGGUGGUGUGGCAGUAGUGUGGUAGUGUGUUAAUGGUGUAGUAGGUGCAGCGGUGGUGCUUCGAGUAUUUAACAUAAUCAUUUGCUAGUCGUUUAGUUUAUUUAUUUACUUAUUAAUCCCAACUGAACGUGACUGGUGUUCUUGAUUCAUGAUGACGACGCCUCCACCUCCCCAUCAGGCCAUGGAGAGCCCUGACCUGUGUGGCGAGGUGCCUGACCACGCCACGCUUCUGAAGUUCCUGCACGACUUCCUUGGACAGUCACCGGCGAGUCUCUGGGCGGAUCUGCUGCAGGAAGUCCGUCGCCUGCUGCUGGGGUCUGGCACCGAGGCAGACUUACAUCACCUGCUGGAAGUUUUCAGGGAGGAAAUGGGGACAGAAGGCGUAGGAUUGUGGGAGGCAGUAUGGACGGUGCUGGAGCGGGCGGGGCUGCUGCGUUCCCGCGGCGAGGAGGUGGAGGUGGUGGUGCCCUCCGAGUGGAUUAGGCUGGCGCAGGGGUGGUUCACUUGGGCUGUCAUGGGAGGCGGCGGGCAGUGCGAAGGCAACACACUGAUGGUUAACCUGGUGGAUGCGCUGGCGGAGACCCUGAGGCGAAGUGGCAGCGGGCAAGCAACCUUUUGACCCACCAGUCAGACAAACUUUUAUGUUCGUUCUGAAGGCAAAUCAAAAGCAGGAAUUUGUUACCAAAACCAUAAAUAAAUGACGUCAUCGUACAUCUGGCAUCCAUUCGUGUAGCUGCUAUACAACACUAUAUUGUUUAUUUAUUUUUUUUUUUACAUUGUGUUGAUUAAUUGCUUGCUUAUUCUUAGAAAAUAUGUAGGCGAUAAUAUCAACAUAAAUUAUAUACAUGUAUUCAUUUCAUUGGGACUAUUCACUCCUGUUGCUACGUUCUCAUGUUCGUUUGUAUUGAAAAAUGUUCCCUUAAUUAUCAAUACACCCAACCAUCAAUAAUUAUUAUAGUAAUAUCAAAAUAAAAUGUU